UUUGCCGAUUUUGAGAUUUUACGAUGGAUACAAUGUCCAGGUUCAUUUCCGUAUACAGUAUGCGUCAUGUACCUAAGUGACCAAUGAAAAGUUGUGAAAUCAUGUCAUCUGAUUUUCAAGUAUAUCCAUUUGGUGUCAAAGCUGUCAAUCACGCCGCGUAUCUCCCGCUCUGUGGAGCCAUCUCAGCUGUCUCGUGUCAUCUCAUUAGCGUCUCUGGAAGCGCAUCAUCGGGUAGCUGAAUAACACUUUGAAGGAUGUCUUUCUCUGUUAAGGAGCUGUGUGAAAUGGUCAAUGUCAGCUAUGAUAGGGAACUUGAGGCGAACGUGAGGGUCAGCAAUGAGGAGGAAGAUUCAGUUGAAAGUGACGGUGGAGAUACAGCUGCCAAUGAGGAUUCUCUGGAAAGUGAUAAUGACAAUCUCACUGAAAGUGACAGUGAGGACUCACUUGAACACGAUCCUGAAAAUGACCCGGAUUACACACCUGUCAAUGAAGAUGCUGUUGCUGUUGACCGGGGAAGGUCAAGGAAGAGGGCCAACCCAGACGCUUGGAAGGGUAACAUCCAGAAAAGGAGAAGAAUGAGGGGCCAAUCAUAUCUUGGACGGAAAAAAAAUGAAUUCAUCAACAAAGAAGAACGAAAAAUGGAGGGGCGGUGCCUGGCUGAGUCCUGCCAGAAAUCCAGCAAACUACACUGCACCGAAAUCGAUGAAGGGAAGAGGGAAGAAAUAUUCAAGUAUUUUUGGGGGAAAUUGGACUGGAAAGAAAGGAAAAUCUACGUGAAGUCACUGGCGGAGGUUAGUGAUGUCAAGCGGCGCCGGACAGAAGCGGUUCAGUCUCGGAGGUCAGCAUCUCUCUGUUGUUUUUUAUGUGUUGAUGGUAGAAGGCUCAGAGUUUGUCAGCGGAUGUUCCUGUCAACCCUUGGCAUCAAGCAGUGGAGUUUUCUAAAAUGGGUUGGAAGAAGAGAGGAAAGUCCUGAGAAGACGGCAAGAGUGAGGGUGAGGACAGAGGAGCGGGACUUCCUAAAGUCCUUUCUUCUUGAUCUGCCGAAAGUACCAUCGCACUACUGUAGGUCCUCCUCUUCCAAGAUGUACCUGGAGCCGUUAUUCAGAAAGAUCAAUGUGACACUUGCUGUGCCUUCAAAGCCGGUAACAUCGAGGCUGCUGUGUGGGAGGAACACUGCGUUAAGAAGGACGAGGCACGAGCAGAAAAGGAAAGCGACAAACAACUUGCAAAUAACACCACCUUGGUUGCAUGCAUGGAUCUGCAGGGCCUUCUCCUCUGCCCAAAGCUUCAAGCGUCUGCCCUCUACUUCAAAAUGA